CACUGACUGUCGAGGGGGUGAUGGCAGGCGGCAGAUCGCGGGGCGGUGUGGCGUUAGUUUAGCGGCCAAGUGAAUGUGGUAUCGGAGCGUCCCUCCAUCGCCCGAGAUGGUCCCCCGUAUCUGAAUACUCUCCUCCCUGCGGCGGCAAUAACACCACCGUCUCCCCUCGUUUCCCUCGCAAGGAUUCUGUCUUGAGAGAACGUUUGAACCAUUUCUGUUACCGACGACUCUGAAGACGAGACGAACUGGGAACAGUCCACAACCUACUGAUAGGCUGUGCCCUCUGCAACACGGAAGUGGCUGUAUGUUUUACCUGGACAUUUUGAAUUCGUUGUGCAGCUAAGCCUGGAUCAUCCACGAUACGUCUCGAUCUUUAAAGGACUGCACUGAAAUAGUAAAGUGGGUGUUCAUGGAUCACAUUAUGAAGCUGUGACCACAGUGGGUAAAAUACAAAAACACGUUACAGUGUGUCGUCUGCUUUGGCAAAAGUGUUCUGCUGGUAGGUAUCGUCUGCUGUGACGGCAACAGGUGUGAUGACACCUAUCGGCAGCGUGGCCCAUAUACUCCGGUGGGCUCUGCUACGUGUUUAUGUCUGGGCCAAGUCAGUCACUCACUGACCGGACAACUGUGCCCUCUGGUGCUGUAGGCGUAUAGAACCGCCCUCAAGCUGGAUGAUAUGGAUGGUGCUUGUUGUCGAGUAACAUUAAGUCAAGUCACAGAACAGUAGCUUAUAUAUAUAUUUUUUAUAUAAUCUAACCAAGAGGGUUUCAGUUAUGACCAAGUUCUAUACAAUCGUGUUGACCUUUGCGGUGUACCUGUACUCAAUUGUCACCUGUGUUAAUUCGGAGGGAGAGACACAGUUUGGGGUGAUGUUGGACGCAGGUAGCAGUGGCACUAAAAUUAAGGUGUAUGAAUGGCAAAACACAAGAGUAGUGACAGAUAUUCCCUCCAUGGAUUUACGAUAUGGACACAAGUUCACCCCUGGAAUAGGCCGUUAUGCCACACACAGAGAGGGCUUAACUAAAUAUCUGUCUACAAUUGUGACCAAAGCUAAAGACAUUGUUCCAGAAGAAAAGUGGACGUCAACACCAAUCUACCUGAUGGCAACUGCUGGUGCCCGGAUUUUAGACGGCCACAUUGCCCUUGGCCUAUUAAACCGGAUUAGGAAUGUUUUAUCAAAUACGACAUUAAACCCAUUCCGGUUUAGAGGUAGAAAUGUCCGGAUAUUGUCUGGCGAAGAGGAAGGUGUGUUUGCCUGGAUAUCGCUCAACGCUGUCAACGGAUUCUUCGACUCGGUCAAACCAAUGAACGAGUCUCUGGGGUUGCUGGAGAUGGGCGGGGGCUCCACUCAGAUUGCCUUCAUCCCAUCCACCCCUCUGUAUGCGGGGGAGUUCCAGAUCUUCCUCGGGGGACGCCGGUUUGACCUGUACGCACACAGCUACCUAUUUUACGGAGCCAACUAUAUCAAGGAACGGGUGAAGAACAUUCUAAAGGCGUCCAGUCCGGAGUCUCAACAGAUUGACCAUCCAUGCAGGCUUAUAGGUGAUGAUGAAAAUGGGACCACUGAUUCUGGACAGCCAUUAAAGUUUCAAGGAACAAGUGAGCCGAGUAAAUGUUUACAAGUAUUACGUCAGCUGGUGUCGAAGGCCCCGGAUGACCGGUGUUUCCCGAAGCCGUGUGCAAUAGGCUCCGUGUACCAGCCCAGUAUCGGCAGUAUGUCUUUCUACGCUACCCAGGGAUUCGUCUACACGCCCAAGACAAUGGGGUCUUUAGAUGCCGACAAACACCUGAAUAUUACUCAUCUAAAAGCAGCGUCUAUUGUCUACUGUGAGAAGAGUUUUGAGGCCGUCAAGGCCGAAUACUCUGUGAAGGCCAAGUUCGCCUCUGACGAGUGCAUGAUGGGGCUGUACAUACCACUCUUGUUGCAAGAGUCCUACCAGUUCGAUCCCCAGACCAGUAACAUCGUUGUCGAAGAUAGCAUUCAGGGAAACAAAAUUGACUGGACAAUGGGGGCCAUGUUGUACGAGGUGAACAUGCUGUUCCAGUCGUGGAGGUUGCUGCCACACACGCCCGUAUCGUGUCAACCAGUCAGUUUCACGGCUGUCCCGGCACCCCCUCCCGAGGUCCGACCAAGUAGUGCCCUUUCUCCCUGUCCCGCCUUACAAACUGUGCUUGUCUGUGUACUCGUGGUUAUAAUGGAAACAAGGCACUGAUUGGUGCUUCGUUGUGUGUGUCAGUGUCAUCAUAUACCCAUCGUCGCCUGUGACAGACCCAGUGACACUUAAUACUUGAUGAUGAUAAUAAUGAUAGUAAUGAUAAUAAUGAUGAUAAUUAUCAGGUAUUGCUGAAGCUGUGUCAUACAUGUUUAUGUCAUUAACUAUAAUCUGUAACACCUUCACUAUUGCAGCCACGAGUCCAGAGAGAAUGGGUGAGUGAGCUGGAAUUUAAUGCCGCAUUACAGUAUAUAAGUUAUCACACGGCGUGCCCGCUGAAUGUUGGAAGAACAAACUGAGAGGUGAUGGUCGUAGGCGUUCUCCAGCGGUGAAACCCACAAACAUGGCUCGUAAAUAAUCAAGGAGAAGCAGCGGUAGGCCUUAUGACGCUUGACCGGACGUCACAGAAUAGCCAACUCUAGUCUAAAUGUCCCCCAAUAUAAUGUAUUUAAUCCGAGGUUCAUUAUUUAAUUUGUGCUUUACCACUGCUUGGGGAAGAGGCUUCGUAAUAACCACGUUUCGCUUCUUCUUUUCAAACUGAGAAUAACGACACACAUUUUGUCCAGUGCAGUGGUGUAAUAUAGUCAAGAGGCUGGAGAAGUCUACAAUGAAAGCUACAUGUGUCAUUCAUCCCUGGCUCUGGGGAGGAGAUAUCGUCUGUCAGGUGAAUGUCUUGUGCGUCUUUGAAUUAUAUGUUCAUUAUCAAUCAAAUGUAUGUUCAAUUUUCUCCAAAUACUUACCAAACUCUCCUACUAUAAUGUGAUACGGUUCAGUCACCUUGAUCAUGGCUUACCACGCCGAAUGUUGUUGUUAUCAUGAUACUGAGACCUAUUCCAAUAUAUCGUAUACACCUGUCUAUGUAAAGUGUCCCAUGUGUUUGCCAAAUUUGUAUAAUAAACAUUUGAUACGUCAUUUCACUACA